CGCGAGAGCCUGGAAAUGGUCGAAGCAACGUCACAAACGAGGAGCGACAAUAUAAACGCCAACGGCAAACGUCGCGAGACGCGCGAUUACUCUCUUUGGACGAGUUCACAGUUGGGCAAAAUUUGGUCGCAAGUGCACGACGCGUGCAAGAACGUCGUAAAGCUAGCUGCUACGAGCAUCGGCCGUGUUGUGAGGGAUGCACGUAAAUCGGAACGCUCGCAGAGAAAUCCCGUCGAAGUGGCUGACGCGACGCUCGUCGAGAGCGCGUCCUCGUGCGCCGGCAAAAUAUGCGGUGAAACGUGUCGUAAAAAUUUAAUGCGUCCGAGGAGCGGGGAAAAAACGAAGGCGCACCAGGAACGCGCAAUCGGGGACGUGGGAAAAUAUCGCGGGGAUACGGAGGCACCGAUGCGGAAAAACUCGCGGGCCAUUGCACCUUCUCGCCGCGAUGUGCGGAGGCACGCGUAUCAAAGCGCCGAAAAAGAGGAGAACGGGGAGUCUUGUGUGAAUUACAGCGGUACGAUUAAUAAGUAUGAACGUGACAGGUAUCAGGAUAUCGUAGAAUUUCCGCCACGGAGUGAAACGUAUAGCCGCGAUGAGGAGGUACAUUCUCAAUCUCGUUCGAGUGAGUCCUUCGCGUAUCACGAGAACUCCACGUACCCAGGACUUCGCAACAGAGGCGGCAGCGACGAUAACCAAGACUUUGCGAGAGGCACCGUAGAUGAGAAAUCUGUGCAACGUAUUUACGAAGAUGCAGGAUCCGUUAGGCCUCAAAAUUUCAUUUCCAAAAAAUCGCAGCAUGUGAUCUGUUACGAAUUGUCUGUAGUGUCUGUAACCACUGAUCGCCAAGCGAUUCGCGCGGACAUGCCGGCUGCCUCGCGAAAUAAUCCGCACGAGCCUCAAUCGGCGAGCAUAUCCUCUCCGGAAGAUAACGAGGAGCGAGCGGAAAGAUCCGCGGCGCCUGAACAAACGAGAUCUCGCGACGAAACGAAAACGCGCGAGAGUAUCGAGGACACGAUCGGCGCGGAGACCGAAAGGAGCUUCACGCCGGCGAUUGCGGAUGCAUCCUCGGCGGAAGCGAAUCCCGCGGUUCACUCAUCGCGAAACGAUCCGGACGAACCGACAGCGUCGACUUCCAAAUGGGAGACAUCAUCCGUUUCAUUGGGAAAAUCGCGAAAAAAUCGUCCCGGUGGCAAAUCGCCGUUCUGCGCGACAACGAUGAAAUUCUGGAGGAGGCGAUUGCCCGUGGAUAAUAAGACCACCGCGCCUGUGCUUAAACGGAGCAGAAGGAGCAUCGGAAGAAAGGAACUAUCGAGCACUUACGGCAGCGGAGUGAAGAUUAUGCAAAUAGAACCGUCUACUGUGCAAACCGCUCGAGAAGGCAAUAAGAGGCGAGCCUACGUAAACAUUCAAGUGCAAACACCUGACGCGAUUGUUACGGGGAUUUUAUCGGAAUUUAUUCUCAGCGGCGAGAAGAGGAGGAGGGUGUUGAUGAGCAUAAUGCUGCAAUCGGAAUCGGACGACGAGAAGGAAGCGGAAACGCAAACGUCAUCAAACGACAUUACUUCCGGAGAGAUCAGCUAUCCGGACAAGCGUCCGUGUUCGAUCACGAAGACCGUGCAAUGUUUCAUGUGCGAUAAGCCAGAUUGUUACGAAAUAAGGCAAUCGGAUAAUUCGAUCUCUUUAGAAGAGGCGUUAAUCGCAGAGUAUCCAGAAACGUCUGAAUUAAACGAUUAUUUGGCGGAACGAAAAGCAGAUGUUAAAAUUCCCCCAUGAUUUAUGUACAUGUUUUGGAAACUUUCUUUAUAUAAAUUUAUAUAAAUUGCUCUCAAUAGAGCAAUUCAUAUAAAUUAAUAUAUCUAU